UAGAAUCAGAAUUGAAAAAGGCAAAGCUGCGGGGAGAGGGAGAGAGAGAGUCCACGAUUUCCCGCCACUUUUGCCGUCUGAAGAAUCGAAGAUGCUGUGGGUAGACAAGUACAGACCCAAAACCCUAGACCAGGCAAUGGUCCACCAAGACACGGCGCAAAACCUCAAGAAACUUGUCGCAGAGCAGGACUGCCCCCAUUUGCUCUUUUACGGGCCUUCCGGCUCCGGCAAGAAAACCCUAAUCAUUGCCCUUAUUCGUCAGAUUUUCGGACCCAGCGCCGACAAGGUGAAGGUGGAAAACAGGACAUGGAAAGUUGAUGCUGGGAGUAGAACCAUUGACAUAGAGCUGACUACAUUAUCAAGCACCAAUCACAUUGAACUCAACCCCAGUGAUGCAGGCUUUCAGGACAGAUACAUUGUUCAAGAGAUAAUUAAGGAAAUGGCUAAAAAUAGACCCAUUGACACAAAAGGGAAAAAAGGAUAUAAAAUCUUGGUGUUGAAUGAAGUUGACAAACUUUCAAGAGAAGCACAGCAUUCUCUUCGAAGAACUAUGGAGAAAUAUAGUGCUUAUUGCCGCCUAAUACUAUGCUGUAACAGUUCUUCAAAGGUGACUGAAGCAAUCCGAUCACGGUGUCUAAAUGUGCGAAUAAAUGCACCAACAGAUGAACAGAUUGUUAAGGCAUUGGAGUUCAUUGGAAAGAAAGAAGGGCUUCAACUUCCUUCUGGAUUUGCUGCUCAUAUAGCUGAAAAAUCAAACAGGAGCUUAAGGAGAGCUAUAUUGUCUCUAGAAACUUGUCAUGUUCAACAGUAUCCCUUUACAAGUAACCAAAUAAUUCCCUCAAUGGAUUGGGAGGAAUAUGUUUCAGAAAUUGUAUCUGAUAUAAUGAAGGAGCAGAGUCCGAAAAGGCUUUAUCUGGUGCGGCAAAAGUUGUAUGAGCUACUUGUUAAUUGUAUCCCUCCAGAGAUCAUUCUUAAGAGGCUGCUUUAUGAGUUAUUGAAGAAAUUGGAUGCAGAAUUGAAGCAUGAGGUCUGCCAUUGGGCAGCAUAUUAUGAACAUAGGAUGCGUCUUGGGCAGAAAGCCAUAUUUCACCUCGAAGCGUUCGUGGCCAAGUUCAUGAGUAUUUAUAAGGCUUUCCUCAUUGCAGCAUUUGGCUAAACACCAGAAUAGCAUGAUUUCCUUCAAUCUGAAAUGUGAGUUUCUGUUCAAGGUGGCAAUGAAUUGCACACUCAGUUUCAAUGUUUAUCACGAGAUGUAUGUCAUGAGAAGAUGUGUAUUGUUUCACAAGAUGAACUAUGUAUUACUGUAUCAUGGUUUUAUCUUUUCUGCACUAUACUUUUCUGGCUCAGUUUGUAGCUUGCUUCUCUUUUCAUAAUUAGAUGACCAGAGGCCCACUAAAACAGCAGAAAAAAUUCUUUUAAUGCGGAGGUUAGGA